UUCACUGUAAUUUAUCUAAUUAAUGAAUGUCUAUAUUUUUUUUUAAUUUAUAUACUUUUGAGUUAUAAGCUAAUCGUUUUUUAUAUUCAGUCGUCAAUGAUCCGCCGUUUACUCAAGUUGUGUCUCAUUUUACUUUAUUUUCUUAAAAUUUCAUUAAAUUGUUUUACAAUUUAUAAAUUUUUUUCAAAAAUGAACUUUCAAAAAUGUUCAAAUGAUUUUCAAUCAUUAGUUUAUCGUAUACGAAAUAAUCCGGCUGCAGUUCAUCCAGAAUUUUCUUCGUUUUCAUCAAGAUUUAAAACAUUCAAAUUAUUCCCAAAAAAUACUUUUCAAAAUAAAUAUACAUUGUCUGAAUGUGGCUUAAAAUAUUCAGGAGUGGAUGAUGUUGUAGAAUGCUUUUGUUGCGGACUUAUUCUUCAUAACUGGGAAAGGCUGGACGAUCCAUGGAUUGAACAUUGCAGAUUCAGCCCAAGGUGUUUAUAUGUGUUAUUAAUGAAAGAUUUCUGCAGACUAAAACAACUUCAACAUUGUGUCGACCUUUAUAUCGCAGAAAAACAGAAACGUCUACCGAGUUUUCAAACAACAUUCGAUGCAGCUUACGAACUGAUUAAAAACGAUGUCCGUGGUUUGCCCAUCAGUUGCCAGAGAAACGAAUUCACAAACCAGUAUAUACAGAACUAUGAUUUUAGUUAUUAUUCUCAUCUACAAAACGAUGACACUUCAUUUUUGUAUGAGAUUUUACAAUUUCAUUUUAAUGUAAUGUCUGACAUGAUUUUACAGGACUUAAUAGUAUGAUAUAAUACAAAU